AGUGACAUAAGUUUCUUAACUUCACAUCAAACUCUGAUCUCCUACCAUUCCCAUUUCUGACCUCUCUCAUACCAAGCAAGUACCCUUUUAUUUCUGUUGUUUUAUGGGAAAAAGUUUCCUAUCAUUAAUUUCUCCUUUCACUCUCCUUCUUCGUCCUCUCGUCAAUAGACAGCUUAGCAUUUUAGUUGCUAGAAGAAGAUUUUUUAAAACCACACAUCAGUGAUUUAUAUGCAUAUCCUUAUGUUACAGCUUAGAUUUCUCCAAAUGGAUCACGUCUUCUCCAGUUCUGCUCUACACAUCACUCUCAUUUUGCUUACAAUCUGCAAAGGAAUAUCAGGGGCUAAAUUUACAAUCAUAAACAGAUGUGACUACACAGUAUGGCCAGGUAUUCUUUCCAAUGCAGGCAGCACUCCAUUAGACAGCACAGGAUUUGAACUUCCACAAGGUGAAUCACGAUCCUUCCAAGCACCACCAAAUUGGUCAGGUCGAUUCUGGGGCAGAACUGGUUGCACAUUUGACCCGAAUACCGGUCAGGGCACCUGCAUAACAGGUGACUGCAGCUCCAACCAAAUUGAAUGCAAUGGCAAAAAUGCAAACCCUCCAGCCACUCUAGCCGAAUUCACUGUCGGAUCAGGUGUAAAGGAUUUUUACGAUGUUAGUUUGGUUGACGGCUACAAUUUACCCAUGAUUGUCGAACCAAAUGGCGGGUCAGGGAGUUGCUUGUCGACCGGGUGUAUGACAGAUUUGAACCAGCAAUGCCCAGCCGAAUUACGGGUUGAAUCAGGGCAGGCCUGUAAGAGUGCAUGUGAGGCCUUUGGGAGCCCCGAGUACUGUUGCAGCGGCGCGUAUGGAGCACCAGACACAUGUAAGCCAUCUGUUUAUUCGGAGAUGUUUAAGACCGCAUGUCCGAGAUCAUAUAGCUAUGCUUACGAUGAUGCCACUAGCACAUUUACAUGUACAGGAGCAGAUUAUGUUAUCACAUUCUGCCCUUCAUCAACAAGUCAAAAAUCUGCAAGAGACACGACUCCACCAGCAAGCACUGCAAAUGGGGCUGAAACAGGAUCAGGAUCAGGGGAUGGGCCAAUUGGAAUUGACACUUCAUGGUUGCCGAACUUUCUCACUGGGGACUCACCCAGCGCCUUUCCCUGUUGGGCUUGGCAAUUUACCUUGAUUUUUUCUACAUUGCCCUGUCUAUUCCUCUUUUUGGUUUAUUUAUAGCCUCAGCUUUGGACAAAUCCACAUGCAGCUUAAGUGGUCACUCAGAAUUCGUUUUGCAUUGGAAGGAAAGGCUGAACAAAUCCAGAUUGUAAGGAGAAUUUUCCAGGCCACAUGUAUAGAAAGUUUAAAUCUUUUUUCUUCACGGAAAAUAACAUGUGUGUGUGUUGUAUGUUAACCUUUACUUUAGAGUAUGAACCAUUUGUAAUCUAAAGCAACGAACUGGAAAGGAAGAGACUUUCGAGAUUGGCAAAAUCAUUAUUCAGUUUGAUUUA